CUGGAGCACGAAGUGCUGCCCAUGUCGGUUCAGGAAGUGCAGCAGACUGUGGUGGCGACUCUGGACGCAGUACCACGGGAGUCCACCGAGCGGCAGCGUGGAGCCUUCAGUCAGGUCACCGCCCUGCCGCAGACCUUCUCCAUUAACCCAGACGACUCCACGAGCCUCUACAGAGCACGCAUGGACAACAGGGACGUGGUCCUGAGGGUGCUGAGAGAGCGAGCAAACAGCAGCGAGAAGCAGCACUUUGUGGGUUUCGCGUCCUUCCUGUCGGGCCUGGGGCCACACCCCUUCUUACCUGAGCUGCUGGGGGUGGUGACGGUGCAGCCGCCCCCCAUGAUGGUGGUGGAGGAGCUGCAGCACAGGGACCUGUUGGGCUACCUGUGGAGAUGUCGACAGGGUAACUCGGGUGCAGAGGGUUCAUGUGAGAUGACAGAGAAGAGGAUCUUCUCCAUGGCCGAACAAGUGGCCUCAGCUCUGGAGUACCUGCACAGUCAGGGCUGCGUCCAUGGCAACGUGGGCGCCCGCAGCGUGCUGGUCGGUGGAGAUCUGACGGCGAAGCUGUGGGGGCUGGGCUCGGCCUAUCGGAGGACAGCGCAGCCGGCCGCCCCGGGGGAAGGGGAGGACGGGGAGAUGAGGAAGUGGCAGGCGCCUGAAGUGUUGAGCGGGAGAGGAGCCGGUCAGAGGAGCGACGUAUGGUCUUUUGGUGUCCUGCUCUAUGAAAUGGUCACGUUGGGCGACCCACCGUUUGCCAAGAUCAAUGAGACUGAACUUCUACAGCAUCUCCAGAGAGGAAAGCAUCUCAAACGGCCCUCUGGCUGCUCCAACUCACUGUACUCCGUCAUCAGGGCCUGCUGCCAUUGGCGCCCCGAGGAUCGUCGCUCCACCUCCGAGCUCAUUAGAACGCUGCACGAGGCGGAGAAAUCAGCCAAUGGGAGGACAGCUCUCACAGCGUCUGAGCCAAUGAACAUCGAGAAAUACCUGCGGGAGGCGGGAUAUGCAGGGGCGAACAACUAUGCCGUGCUCUGAUUGGCUGAGACCGUCUGUCGGUCACAACUAUACCGCCGUGGAGGACUACGGAAAACCAAAAAGAAAGAAGGAUUAUAAAUGAAGCAGAACUUAAGCCGAACAUAUGCACAUUGUUUAUGGAACACACGUUUGAGUGUUAUACGUGUUUGUACUGUUGGAACACUUUAACUUUAUGCUGUAUGUGAGGACAUUAAUAUAUGGGUUGUAGAUAUGUAUUUUUCUGUAAACUAUAACUAUGGUUAUCUAAAAAGAAUCAUACAAUUAACGAAAACAAUGAAGGUUAGCUGCACUUUUUAAACUGUAAAGGAAGCGCAAUGCGUCGUAUGUACAUAUCUUUACAGAAGCAAUAUAGACGAGGGCAAGAGGUGCACUUUACGACAGAGUGACAGCACUCUUACCGUGACAGGUCUCGUUAGAACUUCAAAAUAAGAGCACACUUCCGGUGAACGUGAGGACACGUCACAUUCAUUAAAUCAAUACGUUUAAUUUAUGUCUAAUUUUAGAUUAGAUUAGAAAGGAAAUAGUCAAUAGUUACAAACAAAUUCCACUUCAGAUUAACAGUAAACCUCAAGGUGUCACAAUUAAGACAUUCUGAUGUAGGAUUUCAAAAUAAAAUACGGUUAAAAUCUCUUUCGUGAGCUAUCUUUAGACAACUUACCUCUAAUUGACCCUGAUUUUGUUAACGGGGAUAAUGCAAUGAAUAGUAUGACAGUAACAGUGAUGGUGGCGCGGUGUUGAUGAAAUGACAUGUAAUGUAAUAUAAAAAAGUAAUGAAUGUGGCACAGGUAAGAAUAAACCAUCUGUCUCUUA